UAGUGAUAAAGGAAGAAGGGGGUUAGAUAAUAUAAGUAGCCACGAAAAGAAAGUGUGUCCUCAUUUCAAGGCUAUUCAGAGAGGAGCUGUACCUAGAUCUGAAUACAGCCGGAAUAUCUGAGAAACCUGCUAUGGCGCACAUGAUUUCUAAAAAAUACGACGCUGUUCAGCACUUCCUGUUCAGCACUGAGGCUGACUACGCGGAUCGUAUAGGCCGUAUACAUUAUCCUCUCGCCAUUGUCUUUGCCUAUCUACUCAUCGUAAAAGUAUUGGGUCCACUCAUUAUGAAACCAUUAAAGCCAUUCAAAUUAAAUGGAUUAUUGAUUGCAUUUAACGUCGUCAUUAUUUUUUGGAAUGCGUACAUCAGUUACAGCAUUUUCAGCUAUCUGUACGGCGCCGUAAAAGAAGGGAGGUUAUGUUCAGUGAAUACGACUGACGAAUACUACAAUAACAUAUACAGAAUAAUGUGGUCAUUCUAUCUGAGCAAGUAUGUCGAUCUCCUUGAUACUGUAAGUAUAACUCUUUAAAUAUAUAUAUAUAUUAUUGGCCAC